AUGCCGACGCUUCAAGGCCUUCCCCAGGAGCUACUGGAAAUAAUCUUCCUCUACAGCAUGAACACAGCGCUUCCACGCUGCUCACCGGAUCUUGGCAAGAAGCUCUCUGCUCACAAGGUAGCGAUGGACUUCACUAUGCAAGCCUUCUUUCACACAGUCGAUCACCGCACCAACUACCGGGACCGCCUUGUAACUAGCGACGCUUUGCUUCAAUCUGACAUCUUGACUUGCCGUUUCUUCACCUACGACUUCUUCCUAAGAUAUGUGCAGCGCGCCCAGGAUGCAAUGAUCAAAUUACGCGGCAAGGCCUGGGCAGCUACCGGAGUCACGAUUCCAGGUGUUUCCUACUUCGACGGACUGUGGCCAUACAAGUUUACUAAGAUCCCGCAUCUGGCUUUUGCGCAGGGUUUCCAUGUACCGGAGAAGUUGCUACAUGGACCCUGGACUGUGGACAAAGCGUCGUUGCUUUACGUACUGGUCAGUCUGAACGGAGAGAUCGACUGGGAAGGUAGUAUGGCAGGUGAAGCGGCAAAGGCGGGAAUCAAAGAGGCUAUCAAAGAGGAGAACGAGCACGCGGUGGCAGCGCUUGCUGUACUUCUGGGUGUGCCAAAAGGUCUUACUACCGAAUUACUGCAGUACGCUGUCAUUCGUUGCGGUUGUAAUAUCAACAUCAUCCGACACUUGCUCUUCAACGCGCAGAUUCUUGCCGAAGAGGCCCCAAGCACUUUGGAUUUCUAUGACCCGGCACUAUGGGCGUGGGCAGAUGUUAACGGCCACAAAGGGGAGACGCUCAAAGACAUGCUGAAGGAUGCUGCCGCGUUCGACCUCGAGUUUUACUUCGAAGACAAUGCCGACUGGCCCAAGAUUGUCCCCUUUCCGUAUGGUGGGAGCAAGUUUGAUGCAAGGACGGCGUUCAAUGGUGUCGUCAGAGAGCUAUUGACGAACCUUUACCGGAACUAUGGAAGGAAGAUCACACGGAGGAGGGCUAUGACGCCUGAGCAGAGAAAUGCAGAAGGUGAUGUAAUUGACGAUUAA